GGCGGGCAGAAGAACUCGUGAAGAUUUUCGUGUGAAUCACAAAUUGUCUGGUAGCGGUGGAGUCGCCUCACAGUCCAGCCUCUCUGAAGUAUCUGUGUGAAUCUCGCACCAGCUUGCUAGCUUAGUCCAGCAUCGUUUAUCGCAUCCGAGAAUCUCAACUCUGCUAUCCGGUCCGAGCCUGCUAGACUCAUUCGACUCGCCUGCAUCUCUUCCUACGGAUAACCAGGGGUACUGCGCGCAGGAAUGUAAAUAGCCCGCUGUCAUCUAUCACAGAAGUGAAGCUUUGGUAUGGAACUUAGUACGUUCAUCGCAUGCAAAGGGCGUGAGUGACUGACUGACUGACUGAGAGACUGAGUGAGUGUGAGAGUGAGCGAACGGGGGAUGAACCAAAUGAACAACAAGCCGUACCAGUCCCUGUCCAGGGCUCGACCCGACAUGGAGCUGUGCUACUCCAGCUCGUCGGAGGAGAGUGAGGAGGGCGGCGGCCGCCCCAACCACUUGCAGCAGCAGCAGCAGCAGCCCUACGGCCACACGCACAGCAGUGGCCAGUACAGCCACGACCGCAGGCUGGCCUACAACAGCCACCGCAUCAAGAGGAAAAGCAGCCCUCAGCCCUGCACAGAUGAAGACUUUCUCCACGCGCCCUCUUCCCAGCACUCGUAUGCCGGCGGCGUGUCCGUGGGCGCUGGCUCCGACCCGGACACUGAGCCCGAGGGCCCGGCAUCUCCGGACCACGCGCUGCACCUGUGGAUGCAGGAAGUGAAGUCAGAGCGCGGCGGCGGCUCCGCCCUCUCCAGCCGAGCCAACUCUAUUCUGUCCCUCACGGACACCGAGCAGGAGAGGAAGUCGGACGUGGACAACGACCUUGCAAACAGUCCCGGGGCACAGUUCACGUUCAAGCCCCUGCCGCCACCGCCUCCGCCCCCGCACGCCUGCACGUGUGCCCGCCCGGUGCCCCCGCCGUCCACCGAGGGCCCGCAGCGGAACACCCUGCCCUCGCGCUGCCAGCCGCUCGACCUGGCCAGCAAGACGGCCGAGGAGCUGGGCCAGCCACAGAACAGCUGGGCUCUCAACAGCAACAUCCCUCUGGAGACCAGUGCCGCGGCCGGCGUCUUGAACAGGAGCGCGGAGUGGAGGGUGGAGUCACCUGCUGUGGUGCACUAUUGCGGUCUGGAGGGACUCGACAAAACACACUUCCUCUUCAAGCACGGCUCGGCAUCGUCCACCCUCUUCCGUGCGGCCAAUCAGAACUACCCGCUCACGUCCAACACGGUGUACUCGCCGCCCCCGCGGCCCCUGCCCAGGACCACGCUCUCGCGGCCGCUCUUCUCCUUCAGCAAGCCGUACCGCUGCUGCAACUGGAAGUGCACGGCGCUCAGCGCGUCUGCUAUCACCGUCACCCUGGCCCUGCUGCUCACCUACGUCGUCGUAGUGCACCUGUUUGGUCUGACGUGGCACCUGCAGUCAGCGGACGCCCCCCUGUAUGAGAACGGCCUGAGUAAAGCAGACGGAGUUGAGGACAGACUGAGUAUCAGCUUCCCCCCGUUUCCCCCUGCCGGAGUCAAUGCCACAGGCAGAGAUAAAGAGGUGUUCCAGAGGGGCCGUGCCAUAGACCGAGGUGAAGUGGACAUCGGCAUGCAGUUGAUGCAGACCAUCCCUCCUGGCCUGUUCUGGAGGUUCCACAUUAAGAUCCACCAUCCCGAGUACGUGCGCUUCAAUGUGUCCCUCGCCAGCGACGCUCUCCUGGGCAUCUACGGCAGGAGGAACAUUCCUCCCACUCACACACAGUUUGACUUUGUGAAACUGCUGGAUGGCAGACAGCUGAUCCAGAAGGAGCCCAGGACAUCAGAGGACCCGCGGCCGCCUCUUCAGAACCUGUUCCUGGCCACGCUGCAGGCGACAGGCUUUGUGGAGUACCUGGACGCCGGGACCUGGUACCUGGCCUUCUACAAUGAUGGGCGCAAGAUGGAACAGGUGCUCGUCUUCACCACCUCCAUAGAAACAAUGGAUGGCUGUGACACUAACUGCAAUGGGAACGGGGAGUGUGUUGCUGGCCACUGUCACUGCUUCACUGGUUUCCUGGGACCAGACUGCUCUAAAGACUCCUGCCCGGUGCUGUGCAGUGGGAAUGGGGACUAUGAGAAGGGCCACUGCGAGUGCCAUUCGGGCUGGAAGGGUGCGGAGUGCGACGUGCAGGAAGACCAGUGCAUUGACCCCACCUGCUCCAACCACGGCGAGUGUGUCAGCGGCAAGUGCCUGUGUGCGCCAGCCUUCAAGGGCAACAACUGUGAACAAGUUGACUGUGAGGAUCCGCUGUGCUCAGGGCAUGGUGUGUGUGUAGGCGGCGACUGUUUGUGCUCCUCUGGCUGGGGGGGAGUGAACUGCGACAGCCCGCUCCCCUCGUGCCAGGAACAGUGCUCAGGCCACGGCACUUACCAGCCGGACCCCGGCGAGUGUGUGUGUGAGCCAGGAUGGACUGGAACCGACUGUGCUACAGAGGAGUGCUCCCCGCCCUGCAGCCCUCACAGCGUGUGUGUUGGCAGGCGGUGCCAAUGUGAGGAGGGGUGGGAGGGUCCUGCCUGUGACAGACAGGCGUGUCACCCAGUGUGUGAGGAACACGGAGAGUGUAAGGAUGGCAGGUGUCUGUGCCACCCAGGCUGGGAAGGUGAACAUUGCACCAUCGCACUUUACCUGGAUGUUGUUGUUAAAGAUGGGUGUCCGGGCCUGUGCAAUGGAAAUGGCCGCUGCACACUGGAGCAGAGCGGCUGGAUUUGUGUCUGCCAGCCCGGCUGGAGCGGCACUGGCUGCAACAUCGUCAUGGAAACGGAGUGCAGUGACAACACAGACAACGAUGGAGAUGGCCUGGUGGACUGUGUGGAUCCGGACUGCUGCCAGCAGCAGGGAUGUGAGAGUGGACCGCUGUGCCAGGGCGCGCCGGACCCCCUGGACCUGGUCCAGCACAACCCCGCGCCCUUCGUGCCUCGUCCGGCCCAGCCUUUCUUCCAGCACGUCCGCUUCCUGGUGGGCAGGGGCAGCACACACAUCCUGCCUGGCGACGUGCCGUACGACACCAGUCGAGUGUGUGUGAUCCGUGGGCAGGUGGGUGCUGCGGACGGAACAGCUCUGGUGGGGGUCAACAUCACCUUCCAGAGGAAUCCAGAUUACGGCUACACCCUCAGCCGCCAGGAUGGCAGUUUCGACCUCCUGUCGGUGGGCGGUAUCUCCGUCACCCUGGUGUUCCAGCGGGCUCCGUUCCUGCCCCAGCGCCGCACCGUCUGGCUGCCGUGGAACCAGUUUGUGGUUCUGGAACGCGUGGUGAUGGACCGGGUCGAGCCCAAAGCGCCGGCAACGUGUGAGAGGAUGGGCCUGGCCGGCCCAUAUCCCAUCGUCCUUUCCUCACCACUUACGCGCUUCGCCGGUACAUGUGAGGAGAGAGGACCAGCAGUCCCUGAGCUCCAGGCGGUGCAGGAGGAGGUGUACAUCCCUGGCAGCUUCGUGAAGCUGAGCUACCUGAGCACGCGGGCGCCAGGCUACCGGUCACUGCUGCGGGUGCUGCUCACGCCGGCCAGUCUCCCCCAAGGCCUGGCCAAGGUGCACGUGUCCACGGCCGUGCAGGGACGCCUGCUCCAGAAGUGGUUCCCGGCAGCGCCCAACCUGGUCUAUGUGCUCCCCUGGAACAAGACCAACGUCUACGGCCAGCAGGUCACCGGCCUGGUGCAGGCACAGGUGUCCGUGGGAUAUGAAUAUGAAGAGUGUCCAGACUUCAUUGUUUGGGAGAGGAGAUCGGCGCAGCUGCAGGGCUUUGAGAUGAUCGCCUCCAAUCUAGGUGGCUGGUCUCUGGACAAGCAUCACAUCCUUAACCUGGAGAGCGGCAUCCUGCACAAAGGCAACGGGGAGAACAUCUUCAUCUCGGAGCAGCCGCCGGUCAUCUCCACGGUGAUGGGGACGGGCGUGGUGCGGGCGAUCCCGUGCCCCAGUUGCAGCGGUCCAGCCGCUGGACGCAAGCUCUUCGCGCCUGUGGCACUGGCCUGUGGCUCCGACGGUAGCAUCUACGUGGGCGACUUCAACUUCAUCCGCAGGAUUCUGCCCAGUGGCUUCACAAUCAGCAUCCUGGAGCUACGGAACCGGGACAUCAGGCACAGCACCAGUCCAGCUCAUAAAUACUACUUGGCGAUGGACCCGGUGAGUGAGGUGCUGUACGUGUCGGACACCAGCAGCCGGCGGGUCUACCGGCUGCGCACCCUCACCGAGCCCCGGGACCUGGCCCGCAACGUGGAGGUGGUGGCGGGCACGGGCGAGCAGUGCACCCCCUUUCAUCAGAACUUCUGCGGAGACGGCGCCAAAGCCACAGACGCCUCACUCAACAACCCCAGAGGCAUCACAGUGGACAAGCACGGCCUCAUCUAUUUUGUGGACGGCACGACCAUUCGGAAGAUCAACGAGAAAGGCGUGAUAACGACGGUGAUCGGCUCCAAUGGCCUGACGUCAACGCAGCCCCUGAGCUGCGACUCACACAUGGACAUCAGUCAGGUGCGACUCGAGUGGCCCACGGAUCUGUCCGUCAGCCCGCUGGACAACUCCCUCUACAUCCUCGACAACAACAUUGUCCUGCAGGUGACCGAGUCCAACCAGGUGAGGGUGGUUGCCGGGCGACCCAUCCACUGCCAGGUCCCGGGCGUCGACCACCUGCUGCUGGUGAGCAAGGCGGCCGUCCACUCGGCUCUGGAGGGCGCCAAGGCAAUCGCCGUGUCGCACCAGGGGACCCUGUUCAUCGCCGAGACGGACGAGCGGAAGACCAGCCGCGUGCAGCAGGUCACCACCAACGGCGAGAUUUCCAUCAUCGCCGGCACGCCCAGCGAGUGCGACUGCAAGAUUGACCCCAGCUGUGACUGUUUCUCUGGUGAUGGCGGCUACGCCCGUGACGCCAAGCUGAAGUCGCCGUCCGCCCUGGCCGUCUCCCCCAACGGCACGCUCUACAUCGCCGACCUGGGCAACGUGCGCAUCCGCGCCAUCUCCAGCAACCGGCCGCGCCUCAACCGGCAGCGGCAGUACGAGAUCAGCUCGGUGGUGGACCAGGAGCUCUACCUGUUCAGCGCCAACGGCACGCACCUGCACACGCGCAGCCUGAUCACCGGCGACUACCUGUACAACUUCACCUACACGCCCGAGGGCCACCUGGCGGCGGUGGCGUCCAGCGACGGGGGCGCGGUCCACGUGCGGCGCGACGCCAACGGCGUCCCCCUCUGGCUGCUGGUGCCCGGCGGGCAGGUGUACUGGCUGACGCUCAGCAGCACGGGCUCCACACUCAAGCGCGUCUCGGCGCUGGCCCACGACCUGGCCCAGAUCAGUUACUACGGCAACACCGGCCUCCUCGCCACCGUGAGCAACGAGAAUGCCUGGACAACGGUGUACGAGUAUAACAGUGAAGGCCACCUCAUCAAUGUCACCUUGCCAACGGGUGAGGUCAGUAGUUUCCAUGGUAACAUGGAGAAGUCGGUCAAGGUGGAGGCUGACACAUCAAGCGGCGAAAACUUCAUCACUGCAACCAACUACUCUGCGGCCAAUACCAUAUACAUGCUUCGUCAAGCUCACGCUCAGAAUAUCUACCGCAUCAGCUCCGACGGUUCUCUCUGGGUGACGUUCUCCAGCGGGAUGGAGGUGACUCUGACCACGGAACCCCACGUUCCGUCUGACUCGGCCUCAGGGGCAUCGGCGGGCAUCGUCCACCCGACCGUCGGCCGCUGUAACAUCACACUGCCCGGGGAGCACAGCCACAGCCUGAUAGAGUGGCGCCAGAGACGCGAGCAGGCCAAGGGCAACUACACGGCCUACGAACGCCGCCUGCGGGCUCACAACAGAAACGUGUUGUCCAUCGACUUCAACCAAGCCACGCGUGUUGGCAAGAUUUACGACGACCACCGCAAGUUUACCCUCCGGGUUCAGUAUGACCAGCUGGGUCGGCCCGUGCUCUGGUCCCCAAGCAAAUACAACGAGGUGAACGUGUCCUACUCUCCAGCCGGACUGGUCAGCAGCAUACAACGGGGCAACUGGACCGAGAAACGAGACUACGACAGCGGAAAACUCAUCUCCAGAACCUGGACCAACGGCAAGAGCUGGAGCUACACUUACCUGGAGAAGUCGGUGAUGUUGCUACUGCACAGCCAGAGGCGCUACACGUUUGAAUACGACCAGACAGACUACCUGCUCUCGGUCACCAUGCCCAGCAUGGUGCGGCACAGCCUUCAGUCCACACUGUCCGUGGCCUACUACCGGAACACCUACACCCCGCCGGACACCCCCUCCUCCGCCCUCAUCCAGGACUACGCCCAUGACGGUCGCCUCCUGCAGACACUUCACCUGGGCACAGGCCGACGCACGAUCUACAGGUACAACCGCAUGUCCCACCUGGCCGAGGUGCUGUACGACUCCACGCUGGUCACCUUCACCUAUGACGAGGCGGCCGGCGCCAUAAAGACCAUCCACCUGAUGCAGGACGGCUUCAUCUGCUCCAUCCGCUAUAAACAGACAGGCCCACUGGUUGGAAGGCAGAUUUUCAGAUUCAGUGAGGAGGGGCUGGUGAACGCUCGGUUCGACUACAGCUACAACAACUUCCGGGUCACCAGCAUGCAGGCCAUGAUCAACGAGACGCCGCUGCCCAUCGACCUGUACCGCUACGUGGACGUGUCCGGCCGCAUCGAGCAGUUUGGCAAGUUCAGCGUCAUCAACUACGACCUGAACCAGGUGAUCACCACCCACGCCAUGAAGCACACCAAGAUCUCCAACGCCAACGGACUGGUCAUCGAGGUGCAGUACGAGAUUCUGAAGGCCAUAUCCUACUGGAUGACCAUCCAGUACGACAGCAUGGGCCGCGUCACCGUGUGCGACAUCCGCAUCGGAGUGGACAGCAAUAUCACACGCUACUCUUACGAGUACGACGCGGACGGGCAGCUUCAGGCGGUGUCUGUGAACGAACGGCCCCAGUGGCGCUACAGCUAUGACCUCAACGGCAACAUCAACCUUCUGAGCCACGGCAACAGCGCACGCCUGACGCCGCUGCGCUACGACCUGCGCGACCGCAUCACGCGCCUGGGCGAGAUCCAGUACCGCGUGGACGAAGACGGCUUCCUGCGCCAGCGCGGCUCCGUGCUCUUCGACUACGGCUCCAAUGGCCUGCUAAGACGCGCUCUGGACCGCGACACGCAGCGCAGCGUCUCCUUCCGCUAUGACGGACUCGGGCGGCGCGUGGCGCAGCGCACCAGCGACGGUCAGCAGCUGCAGUUCUUCUACGCUGACCUCAUGGAGCCCACACGUGUCACGCACCUCUACAACCUGACGGGUGCGCAGAUCACCUCGCUCUACUACGACCUGCAGGGCCACCUCAUCGCCAUGGAGAUGAGCAGUGGCGAGGAGUUCUACGUGGCGUGCGACAACGCCGGCACGCCGCUGGCAGUUUUCAGUAGCCGCGGCCGCGUGAUCAAGGAGGUGCGCUACACGCCGUAUGGCGACAUCUACCACGACUCCAACCCCACUUUCCCGCUGGUGCUGGGCUUCCAGGGUGGACUGUACGACUCGCUGUCGCGCCUUGUGCACCUGGGACACCGCGACUACGACGUGGUGGCCGGACGCUGGACCACACCCAACCACCAGCUGUGGAGGGAGCUGAGCAUUGAGCCCAAACCCUUUAACCUCUACGCCUUCAACAAUAACUACCCCCUGGGCAAACUCCAGGACGUCACCAGGUUCACCACAGAUGUGAGCAGCUGGCUGCAGCUCUUUGGCUUCCAGCUGCACAACGUGGUUCCUGGUUUCCCUAAACCAGAGGUGGACAGCAUGGAACAAACAUAUGAGAUGAUGACAACCCAGAGAAGGACAAGGGAGUGGGAUCCCAGCAAGGUGGUUUUGGGUAUUCAAUGUGAGCUGCAGAAACACCUGCGUAACUUCAUCUCCCUGGACCGCCUCCCCAUGAGCCCGGCCAAUGGCAGGCUGAAGGGUCGUCAGGGCCGCCGCCCCCGUUUCUCCGCCCUCUCCUCCAUCUUCGGCAAGGGCGUGAAGUUUGCCGUCCGUGAUGGAGUGGUCUCCACGGAGAUCAUCGGCGUGGCCAGCGAGGACAGCCGGCGCAUGGCAGCAGUGCUCAACGGCGCUGUCCACUUGAGCGGCGUACACUUCACAGUGGACGGCCGCGACACGCACUACUUCACCAAGGCCGGGCCCCUGGAGGCCGACCUGGGCGUGGUCGGGGGAGCCGGCGGGAUUGGCACGUCGUCGACGGGACAAGGCGGUGCCCGCGUUCUCGAGAACGGCGUCAACGUGUCCGUCUCCCAGAUGAGCGCAGUGCUGGCGGGGCGCACGCGCCGCUUCGCCGACAUCCAGCUGCAGCAAGCCGCGCUGGGCUUCAACGUGCGCUACGGCGCCACGCCAGACGAGGAGCGCGCCCGUCUCCUGGAGAGCGCCCGGCAGCGGGCGGUGCAGGCAGCGUGGCUCAAGGAACAGCGGCGCGUCCAGGAAGGGGACGGCGGCUCGAGAGCCUGGACGGACGCCGAGCGCCGGGAGCUGCUGUCCGAGGGAAAGGUCAGCGGCUACGAUGGGCUCUACGCGCUGCCCGUCGAUCAGCACCCUGAACUGGCCGACAGCCCACACAACAUCCACUUCCUGCGCCACACCGACACUAGCCGCAGGUAACAGUGGUACCAAAGACACACUUGCUUAGAGUGCGUACGCAGACACACACACACACACGCACACACACACUUCAUUUUGACACAUCACAACGUUUCUCUAAGGCUUUUUUCUAAAACUAAGACUGAAACAUAACUGCCUUUAAAUGUGACAUAUGAUGGUAUUUUAUUUUCGCUAGUGUACUAUACUGUUUUUUAAUUGUUUUUAGUUUGCCCAAAAAUUAGGGUUACUUUAAAUGGCGUGUAUGAUUUCCAAGUGGCUUUUUCUUCUUCUCUGAGGACUGUGAUUCCCAGUUGAAAUGUAUCUUUAUUGUAUGUUUGUUUGUUUGUUUGUUUGUUUGUUUGUUUUUACACCACUCUUGAAGAUGCUGUCCAUUAUUUAAGAGAGUUUUACAUCUGAAUGGCUUUGAAGGGUUAUAAUGGUGCGUAAUCUGGGCCCCAUAUUACUCCAAUUAAGUGACUCCUCGGUGCAUUCAGUGGUACCAAAUUAGAAAUUGUGUGCAGGUGUGUAUGUGAGAGAGAAAGUGUGAGAGAGAGUGUGUGUGUUAGCGUGUGUAUGAUUGUGUAUAUUUACAUGUGUGUAUGUGUGGGGGUUGUACUUUAGGGACACAGGGAAUUGUAUAUAGCAAGUGCUUUAGCAAGAACAAGUGCUGUCACAGAUGCUGUAAUGUACUGUAUAUGUUAAUCUUGUGAAUAGAGCUAAUUUGUUGGAUUGAAAAUGAAAUUGCUGAAAUAUGUACAGUCUACUUUUAUAUGAGCUUAUAUCAUCUUAAAGAUACAAAGCAUAAUUAGGGUUGAACCGGUGCCUUUCAGCUCGUUAAAAGCGAUCAAGAGUGUGAAAAUAUUAUUACAGCCAACAUUUCGUAUUUCACUUCUGUUUGGGAAGACCGUGCAGAAGCCAAUGGCAUGUGGCAUUAAGUACUUCUGAGUGAACUAAAUGAAAUUGUUAUUUCGUUGUUAUAAGAUAGGAUUUUAUACUGAAGCAGUAGAUAUAUUAUUGUAACAUGGACAGUUGGAAGUUCAAAAAAAGAAAAUACUCAAAAAUACUAAACGUCGUCCUUUAACACGUCAACAUCUCUAGACUACUUUGGUGGUUGCCAGCUUUGGGGGUUCAAAUGAGCAACUUUUCAGCUAUACAGAAAUAGAUGAAGUAAAACA